CAGGGUCCUCAGACAAUUCGGAAUGCGUCAAUUCAUACCUGUUUCCUGCAAUUUUGCAGACAAUCACGACAUGCAUGAUCGUCGUGGCCGACAAAACACGGAUUGGGCUAGAGAACAUGCGAGGCCCAUACUUGUCUGGAAUGAUCGUGCUAACCGAGUUUGUGAAGCGCGGCUAGCAGAUGGACCCGUUGCGUAUGAUGAUGAUUACCUUGUCUGGUAUCGUCGGAUUACUCGACAGAUUAUCGGAAAUCCCAGUAUCCGAUUUCCAAAAGGGUAUGCAUCCCUUGCACCAGUGGCCGAGGUUAUGGCGCGUCAGUUGCAUAUGAUAUAUCAAUAUGGGAUUGAAUUGCGACAACAACCAUCAAUGGAGGUUGCAGGAAGGAAAGUCAUGGAGAUGUGCAGUGAUGGUUUGACAGCAGCAAUCGAGGCUCAGAGGCUUCGUGUUCAGCCAAUGUAUGUUCCAGUUAAGCAGCCUGUAGUUGAUCAUGCUGUUAAUCCACAUAAACGUGGAAGGGCAGGGAGACGCAAAAAGAGACGUGCGAUAGCAGCAACUAAUGUUGAAGAAAGGUCUGAAAUGUCUUAUACAAAUUCGGAUUUGGAGCGUGAUCGUGGUGCAGGUGGUUCUGUUAAGGGUGAUGGAAAUUUAAAUGUUGAAGCUGAGCUUGGUAUGGAUUCAUCACAGUUUGCAGAGCCCCGUUUUGAUAUGGCAUCUAGUUCAACACAAUUUGGGGAUGGUUCUGAAUUGCAUAAUGUUGACAUUCAACUUGUACUUUAUCAGAUCCCACCCUCUCAGCAGUUUGAUAUGAAUAAUUUUGGAGACGGGUUUGAUGAUGACGACAUACACCACUCCCCUGCCCGUCCUGAUCGACAGGUUAACUAUGAUAAUACCCCUAGCCAGAUGACUUUAGAGGCCUCUUGUGUUACAACUAUUGGUUCUGUGGAUGAUAAGCCUAUGGAGCAAGCAAUUCCAACCCGAGGAAGUAGACGAGCGAGAUUUUACAAACGCCGUGUUAAUAACAAUGUAGAUGCACCGCGGCGACAAAAUCUGGCACACCCUAUAGUGCCGCUACGUUGCUAUAAACCCUAAAGCACCCUAGCAACUAGUAUACACAAAGUCAAACUUCGGGAUGAAGUUAUAUGCAUGAAAGGAAGUGACUUCCUAGAGGGGAUAUCUACCACCUGUACCCUUCGUUUAUAUGCUCAAAUAUUGGAGGAAGACUUGCACAUUAUCUACCCAUGGAUUUCCCAAGUUAGCAUGAAUAAAGCUUGCACAUUUGUUUUAUUCCAUGCUGUGUUGAGUGGGUUUAAAGUUAAUAGGCGAUACCAAUUUAUGGCUUAAAUAGUGAAACAGAUUGCUUAACAUGGCCCUCUAAAAGAAGUUUUCUCUGAUCUAUUCAGUUUGUGCAGGAUACCAGAUGCUUUUAUUGAAGAUUGGAGCUUACAAGGCUGGAAUAUACCUUUUAGGCGAGUGCUGAAUGAUCGGGAGGUGGAUAGAAUUACUGAGUUCUUCAAAAGGCUGGACAUGUUCAAAGGCACAACUGACGCUGGAGAUUCCAUGAUAUGGAAAGGUAAUGGCAGAAAGUGUUUCACACUUAAAUCAACAUAUAAUGCAUUAACUGCUAUUGGACAACAAGACACAAGAUGGCCUUGAAAGAAUAGUUGGAAAGCCAGGACUGCUGUUAAAGUGAGAUGUUUCUCUUGGUUGGUAGCACAGAGAGCAUGCCUUACUCAUGAAAACCUGCAAAGGGGAAUACUGUUGAGUUCAACAUGCUUUUUAUGUCAGGAGUGUGCUGAAAAUGUCAGCCAUUUGUCUUACGUUGCGAAGUGACUGGUCAACUGUGGCAGAUUUUCUUGAGCAUGUUUGGUCGGAAACGAGUCAUGCCAGAGUCCACUUUUUAUAUGCUGAAGUGCUGGAACAAAGUGGGAGGCAGUGUAAGGAACAAGAGGUGGUGGAAAUCUAUCCUAGCUUGUAUAUGGUGGACUGUAUAGAGUGAGAGAAAUACAAGAUGUUUUGAAGAUAUUAAUAGCUCUACACAGACACUUGAGAUGAACUGUGUAAUAGCGUUAUGUUUCUGGUGUAAAGAAAACUUUGUAGAAGAUGCUGAAUCUUUACUAGACUUUUUGGAAUCUCUGUACUUAGUCCUAGUAAGUAGUCCUUGUAAGAUGAACAAGCUUUUGUUUAGAGAUUUUGUAAAGAUGAAUAUACUGUUACCUAUCAUCAUAUCA